GCAGAUGUGUCGCAGAUUUUGUAAAGUCACCGGACGCGCAGGAAGCAGCCAGCAGCACCGGGAGGCGGCUCCGCACCGAUGGGCCGUUAAAGUGCCGGGACGGGUCCGGAGGGGGGGGGCGGAGGGGGGGUCACGCUAGCUCGGCUCGCGGCGGCUUCAAAGACGCCACUUUGACGGGAGGCGGCGGCGGCCGCGCGCGGAGAUGGAGCUGUCAGCGAUCGGAGAGCAAGUGUUCGCCGUGGAGUCGAUCGUCAAGAAAAGAGUUAGAAAGGGGAACGUGGAGUAUCUGCUGAAGUGGAAAGGAUGGCCUCCAAAGUACAGCACCUGGGAACCGGAGGAACACAUCCUGGACAAGCGCUUGGUGCAGGCCUACGAAGAAAAAGAAGAAAGAGAGCGAGCUCUGGGUCACAGGAGAAAAGGCUCCAAAGCCAAACGACCCCUGCAGAACACCGUCUACACGAUGGACCUCCGCAGCGCUCACAGACCCCCGGAGAAGCCGGCGCCCCGCCUGCGCCUCUCUCUGACGCGCUCUCUGCCCUCGGAGGACGAAGACCCCACUUUCGGCGCCUGCCGGCGGAGCUUGCACCGGAAGAGCAAGCAGAGGUCGCAGAUCAGGUGCCUUAGCUCGAGUUCUUCAAGCUCCACCCCAGAUGACUGGGAGGGGGAGGAGGAGGAGGAGGAGGAGGAGGAAGACGUCAUAGAGGAUGAUGAGGAUAAAGAAGACGAUGGGGUUCAGAAGGAGACGGCAAAGACAAUUGAAGGCACUUUAAAUGGUAACGGGAGGACCGGAGACUGGAGCGCCGCCGCCGGGCCGGAGGAGCCGGCUGCACCGGAGGGCGCCUGGAGACCCCCUGUCGGUCCGGGACAGGUGACGGUCACCGACGUCACCCUCAACUGCCUCACUGUGACUUUCAGAGAAUCAAGAGUGGCCAAGGGUUUCUUCAGAGACUGUGAGCCGGAGGUCUGAGUGCAGUGGGCCGCAUGGCGGCGGCGGCGGCAGCGGGAGGAGGACAGUGGAGGCACUGCCGGCCGGAGCUGGAGGCACUGAGACGAUCUCAGGAGGCGAACGCUGGCUGAGGGAGUUUCUUUCCCUCCGAGCACCAUCUCUCUCUCUCUCUCUCUCUCUGCGCUCGUUCAGCUCGGUGAGCCGUUUGUUUACAUGCACAGAGUCACCUGAAUAGAAACCCAACUCCAGGUGAUGUCGGUCAGAUCACAGGACUGACGAGUUUUGCCUCACGCCCCGUUUACACAACAGUGUUUCAAGUGAAAACACAUCAUUUUUACAUUAGUUUUAAUGAAGUGCUGCAAAUGAUGUAGUUUUCAUGUUGGACAACGAGGGAGUGUUUCAUUUUUUAGGAAUGAAACCACACAUAAAAGCAUGUAAAGAAGAAUACGCUUUAGACAUUAACAAUGGAAACAAGUAUUAAGUCGUGUAAAUGGAGCUAUAAAUGGCCUUUUGACUUAAACAGGGAUGUAACGGUUUAUCCUCGACGAGCCCCUUCAGAAGGUUUACCACGAAGGAAACAAUCAAUCGAGUGCUAAAUGCAAACUCUUAUUGGAACUAACAAUAUUUUCUCCCCAAAAGCAAAAGUAGCAGCUGUAAUAGUGACAGAUUUGGUGCAAUAAGCUGGAUCGGGAUUGGGGAUGAUUGCAGCUGCAGUAACAGGCUGCAGUGAGCAACACUGAGGAACGGUGAGAAAGUACUGCUGUGCUCUUACUCUCAUCAUGUAUCGCAGCAACUGUCAGGAAGCUUGUAAUUUGACACCAGUCUCACCAUUUUGCUUAACUGCUCACUCAUGGGUGAGACUUGUGUGGCAUGAUGGUCAAUUCAAGCUGCAUGUCAGCAGUUUAGAAGCAAAACCAGCCGGCCAAUCAGGAGCCGGCUGGCUCACAGGUGGGAUUAAAGAGACAGUGUUGUAUUUUUGAGACGGAUUCCUUCCAAAGCUGCUGCAAGGCUCCAUAAUGUAAAAGACAAAACACGAUAAACCCCUUUAAAAAGCACUGAAAUGCAGAUUAUUUAAAUGCAGGUGAAAAUCUGCAGGUAGACAAGUCUUCCUCCAAGCAAACACAAGCAUGAUCAUGAUAAAAAGGGUUUAUUUGAUACCAAAGUGUUGAAUAAAUGUCUUGCAGGUUCAGUUUGCAGGAGUGAGCAGCCUCUAGUGGUGAAUUCUCACACUGCAACAACAAAACUCUCUUUUUCUCUUUUCCAAUCCAGUCUUGUUUCAGUGGGAGAAUCGUGCCAGUAGGCUUCCUCUAAAGCAAGUGUUUGGUUUAUUUUGAUAAAUAGAUGCUGACAAAUCUUUAAUAGUGCAUUUAUUUCACUUGAAUCAGUCAUGUUGAAAAAAAACAAAACAGUAAUAAUUAUGUUUGCAUGUGACAGUGGCCUUUCUUCAAGGUUAUUCCCAGUCACAUUUCCAUGAAUACAGGAGAAGGAAGACGCAGUAACAUGUAGCACACUCAUUGUUUAUAAUGUAUGCUUACUUUUGUAAAGUUCCAAGAGGAAAAUCCUUAUUUUCUACAUGUAUUGGGAAAAAAAAUUGAUUUAAAUAAAACAUUCAAAGUAGUUCAGAAAUCACAAUGUAAUAAAAUUCAAUCCACGUUAAGUAUUGACUUUUUGCUCCUCCAAACCUUAUUGUGAUUGUCUAAAACUCUCCUGGUGGGACAGCGAACCGUGCGGAGCAGAGAACGAGUCCUCUGUGCAUGUAAACGCAGUCACACACUUAUUGUACAUACUCUAGACUACAGUGUGGUGUUGGUCCAAUACUAACAUGCAGUGCUGUCCCUGUAAUCUGUAACCAUGUAGACAGCUACAACUGUACAAAACGUGUCUUACCUCCUUCCUCAACUCUUCAUCUCGACACCUUUAGCCCGCCGCUCCAGUGAAAAACUGUACCGGACUCAGAAACUGAGGGAGACUUGAUAACAGAAUGUAUCAUGAAAUUGCACUGUGUUUGCUUUCUUUCUUUUUUUUUCUUCUUCUUUUUGCAGAAGCUCAUCAUCUAUACCAGUGUUAAGUAGCUUUCAGUGGGAUUAUUUCCAGGAUACGUGCUCCUGUCUCCGUCCGGCUAAUGCAGCCGGUCUCCCAUCAGUCUACAUAUCAUUUAAACCGCGUUAAGGAUGAACGAUGGUGACUCGUGAAACGUCUCUGUGCAGGAGCCGCAGGGAAUGGAAGUGCCUCGUGAUGUGUUGUUUCCCCAGUUUGUUCGUUUUGUUUGUUUAUGGGGGCUUGAUGUCCCGCUCUGGGGUUCAUGGAGUGCUGCAGGAAUGACAGAAGUUAGCAUCACCCCAGUUCCCUCUUCAAAACGAUUCUUAAAUCGGUUUUCAUAUUUUCUGGAAAAAGUUACACAUUUCACUCAGCAAAAUAUUAAUGGACACAGAUUUCAUGCCUCAGAAGUAAGAAGUCCAUGCAAGGCUGCAAGAGAAUCACAAAACGUUCAAGGACAGCUCAGACUGAUGGUUAUUUAGGAUUUGGGUGAAUUUGGAGCGAUGUUUGGAAACGGUUCAGAGUUUUGCUCCUCUUUUUGAAUGUGUUUUAUUAAAGUUUAACAUCAACAGGCAGAUGAAGAGCAGAAGACAAUAUUCUGCAAAAUAUUACUGACUUACAAUAAUACUCUGAAAUAUCCCAUGUAGUAGCAAUUGCCUUUUUUAAGGCUGUAAAAAAUCUAAUUCUCUUAUGUCUGGGUUUUCAUGCACAUUCCCGCUUCACUACACACACACAAACACACACACACAGACGUACCAGGAGGGCGAACUGAAAGGACAAAUGGAAGAAAUGUAUUUUUUGUGAUUAUUUUUCUACAUUGACCUGAAUGUAUAUUUAUUCUUAUUUGAAGAUAUCUGUGUAUUUGAUGACUGAAGAGGAUAGUUUUUAUACUGUUUGUGAUACCCACCAAGUUGUUGAUGCAUCUUGUUCUGUAUAUACAACACACACACACACACACACACACACACACACACACACACACACACACACACACACACACACACACACACACGAUUGCCUGAUGUGGUCCCUUGCUGCGUUGGUUUACCACUGAAGAAACAGAUUUGCACUUUAAUGUAACGUAACCCUGCACAUUACCUGCUCUGGUCUAUGAGUGUGUGUAGAAUUAUUUCUAUGGUAGCACACAAAUAAAUGUUACUUGUGUUUAAUGUCA